AUGUCUGUCAUCCAUCAGCACGUGCUCUGGACUUUCUUUGCCUCCCUGUUCGGCUUCGUCCUUCUCUACACUCUCCGUCGCACUAACAAUAGCAAUGCCAAUAAGAGAAAGACAAAGAAGAUGACUUUUCCACAAGAAUGCGCGAAAGAGAGCUUCCCCGACGGAGAAUGCCGUCCCGUUAACGGCUCCGGCACCGACGUCAUCAUUGUCGGCGCCGGUGUCGCCGGUACCGCCCUCGCUUACACCCUCGCCAAGGAUGGCAGACGGGUUCAUGUGAUAGAAAGAGACUUGACAGAGCCGGACCGAAUUGUCGGUGAGCUUCUUCAGCCUGGAGGAUACCUGAAAUUAAUUGAAUUGGGCCUCGAAGAUUGCUUGGAGGAAAUUGAUGCUCAGCGAGUGCUUGGAUAUGCUCUCUUCAAGGAUGGAAAGAAUGCUAGACUGUCUUAUCCCUUUGAAAAAUUUAAUUCUGAUGCGGCUGGGAGGAGCUUCCACAAUGGGCGUUUUAUCCGAAGGAUGAGAGAAAAAGCCGCCACUCUUUCCAAUGUACAAUUGGAGCAAGGAACAGUGACAUCCCUUCUUGAAGAAAAUGGGGUUGUUAGGGGGGUUCAGUACAAAUCUAAGGAUGGUCAACAACAGAAAGCUUAUGCUCCUCUUACAGUUGUGUGUGAUGGUUGCUUCUCAAAUCUGCGCCGCACUCUUUGUAACCCGAAGGUAGACGUGCCCUCGUGUUUUGUGGGUUUAGUCUUGGAGAACUGUCAACUUCCAUUUGCAAAUCAUGGGCAUGUCAUUUUGGCAGACCCUUCACCAAUCUUGUUUUAUCCAAUCAGUAGUACAGAGGUUCGAUGUUUGGUUGAUGUACCCGGGCAGAAAUUGCCUUCUGUUGCUACUGGAGAGAUGGCCAGCUAUUUGAAAACGGUGGUGGCUCCACAGAUUCCAUCUGAGCUUCAUGAUGCCUUCAUAUCUGCAGUUUAUAAAGGAAAUAUUAGAACUAUGCCAAAUAGAAGCAUGCCAGCCGAUCCACAUCCUACUCCCGGAGCCCUCUUAAUUGGCGAUGCUUUCAACAUGCGUCAUCCUUUAACUGGUGGGGGGAUGAUUGUGGCAUUAUCUGAUAUUGUUGUGCUCAGAGAUCUUCUCAAGCCCCUGCGUAACCUUAAUGACGCAGGUUCAUUGUCCAAAUAUCUCGAAUCCUUUUACACCUUGCGCAAGCCAGUGGCGUCGACAAUAAAUACUCUGGCCGGUGCCCUCUAUAAGGUAUUUUCUGUUUCGCCUGAUCCUGCAAGGAAAGAGAUGCGGCAAGCAUGUUUUGACUAUUUAAGCCUUGGAGGCAUAUUUUCGACAGGGCCGGUGGCUUUACUAUCUGGUCUGAACCCUUGUCUAUUAAGUUUAUUUCUCCACUUCUUUGCUGUGGCAAUAUACGGUGUUGGUCGUCUGCUACUACCAUAUCCUUCGCCUAGACGCAUGUGGAUUGACUCUCUUCUUUUACAUGGUGCGCCAGGUAUAAUAUUUCCCAUCAUUAAGGCAGAAGGAGUGAGGCAGACGUUUCUCCUUGCAACGGUUCCGGCAUAUUAUAGAGCUAGAGCUCCUCCUAUCAAGUGUGACAUCUACAAGGAUAUCACAAACAUCGAGUAG